AAAACGACAAUUAAAUAUCGAGACAAAAACUCCCAAGAGCAUCAUAAAUGGCCCCCUCAGAAAGAACUUUUAGCACAAGGGGUGAUGUAGUCACAUGUACAGUCCUUGGGCAGCAUUAAAUCCAGAGAUAGAGUGAACUGACGUGUCUUUCCUGCUCACAAUUGUAAUGUUGUGAUGUACAGGUACAUGUGACUAAUGAUGGUUGGUUAUUCUAAUUGAAAGCUCAAAUAGAGGAACCAACCUACUUGAAAAAAGUUAAUGGUAGCAGCCUGCGGAUCUGCCCAUUCUGAACAGUUUAUGCGCGGCUCUGCCUCUCGCGCGAGCCGCAUCGUUACAAGAUGAGGCUGCAUUUGGCUGGGGUUAUGCGCAGAGCACCAGGAGAUUUCCUGAAGCUCAAAUCUCCGAAAACCACACUUGAGACAAAAUAACAGUAAUAUUUCAUACAUUUUGCAGGCUGCUAUUUGGAAAAACAGGAGAAUGAAGCAUAAACCAGUUGUUGGGUCAAAAUAACCCUACCAGGUGUUCAUUUGACAAACAACAUCUCAUUUGACCCAACAUGAGCAACCCAACAAUGUGUUUAAAGUCCCCGAAAUACCCUAGAAAUUUGACCCAGAAUAAACACUGUGUUUACAGAAACAACCCAGCAUUUUUAGUCUUUUUUUUUUUUUAGUUAUUGAAAUGUUUUAUUCCAAAAGUCUAUUUGUCCAGUUAUUUAUAUAUUUAAAGUUUGUUGUCUUUAAAUGUAUAUUUUUUUAAAUAAUAAACAGAUACAAGCAGAGAUGGGCUAUAUAACAGUUCACUCUUCAUUUAAAUAAAAUUGUCAGCUAGUGAACUUAAUUACAGAUGUUUUGCCUAUUAGUUAGCUAUAUUCUAAAUGAACUACAAACAAAAAUAUGUUCAGUUUGUCCUCAAAUUAUUUUCUUGUAGGACUUCCCUCUGUCACAUAACCAACUGAAAGGGGCAAUUAUGCAGUUCAUUAUGCGAGUCUUUGUCUUCUUGGCCAUGAAUUACAGCAUUAUUCAUGAUCUUGGAAAAUGUAAAUAAAGAUAUUGUUUUUUUGUGAUUGAGUCAUUAGAAUGAUUGUCACAUCAUUUUAAAGCAAAUACUUAAGGCCACAAGAUCCAGUUCAAAAGUCUUGUAACACAAAUGUUAUGAAUGUGGUUGGUGGUUGUUUUCAAUAAGAUAACCUUAAUUUUCUCCAAAGUACAAACUUGUACACACAUGCUGCUCACAUAUUGCUGUAGUCCAGUCUGUGCUGAAUACAAUGUAAUAAUACUUUAUUCAUUUGUGUGUUUAUAAGUAACUGGAAAAUGCACAAAUGUCAAGAAAUUCUAAAGAGCUCCAAAACACCCACAGACCCAAAAGGGUUUUAAUACAAAUACGUAUUACUAUGUCAGCCAUUUAUAUACAGUACAAUAAAAAAUGUUGGCAGACCUCUUGGCAAAACUGUGCACUAGAAACAUGUUGAAACGUGAUGAAAAAUCCAACCUCUGGGAGUGGCCUAAUAAAGGCUUUUUGGUUAAACGAAAGCUCAGUGUAAAUUCAUUUCCAAGAGUUUCUUUCUGUCAGCAGGUCACAACCUCAAGUUUUAAGGUUUCUUCGGUCUUGCUUAAGAUAUCAGCAAAGAUAUUUAUAUCUACCCAUCACUGUACCAUACCACACAUAUGACACAACCAUGGCUUCCGCUAGAGCUUUCCUUUGUAAAGAUCAGCUUCAGUGCCUUAUCUGUCUGGAUGUGUUCACUGAUCCUGUGUCUACUCCAUGUGGACACAACUUCUGUAUGACCUGUCUCAGAGAGUUCUGGUGCCGUACUUUACAUUACCAGUGCCCAGUGUGUAAAGAGGAAUUUGUUAUUUGUCCUGAUCUCCAUGUUAAUGCUUUCAUUUCUGAACUGGUAAAUCAGUUCCUAAACCAGCUUCCCUCUAAGCCUAAGAAGGUUUUGUGUGACUCCUGCACUGAGAAAAAGGUGGAGGCUCUAAAGUCCUGUCUGCACUGUGGACUUUCUUUCUGUAGCAGUCACCUUAUACCUCAUAAAACAAAAGCUAAACUCAUAAGGCACAAACUGAUGGAGCCUGUGGAGAACCUGGAGAAUUACAUCUGCCAGAAACAUGAGAGACCCCUGGAGCUGUUCUGUAGAGACUGCCAGACAUGUGUCUGUGAGUUCUGUACUGAUAGAGACCACAUGACUCACAACACUGUUCCUAUAGAGGAGAAGAGUGAAGUGAUGAAGAACUGCUUGGGGCCCAUAAAAGCAGAAGCUCAGCAAAUGAUCCAGGAACGACUUGAAAUGAUUGCGGACAUCAAACAUUCUGUAGAACUCAAUAAAAAAAUCACAGAGAAAGCAGACCUUGUGAAGAUCUUUAAAGCUCUAAAGAUCUGCAUUUUGAGAAGCCAGGCUGAGCUGCCUAAAAUUAUGGAGGAAAAGCAAAACGCAGUAGAAAGGCAGGCUGAAGAGUUUAUUAAAGAUCUGGAGCAGGAAAUCACUGAGCUAAAGUGGAGAAAGACUGAGCUGGAGCAGCUCUUACACACUGAGGAUCACCUCCACCUCCUACAGAUUUACCCAUCACUCUGCAUUCCUCCACACACAAAGAACUUGGGUGAUUUUAAUAUUAACCCUCAUUUGAGUGUGGUGACUCUGAUUAGAAUGAAGAUUCAGGAGAUGCUCAGUACAGAAGUGGACAGGAUUGAUGACAUGAAAUUAAAAGUAUUUCAGCGGUAUGCAGUGGAUGUGACCCUGGAUCCCAAUACAGCAAAUCAAUUUCUUAUACUGUCAGAUUAUGGAAAAAAGGUUACAUAUGGAGACAAGAGACAGAAUCUCCCUGAUAACCAAGAAAGGUUUGAUCGUUGUGUUUGUGUGUUGGGAAAGAAAGGUUUCUCCUCAGGAAGAUUUUACUAUGAGGUGCAGGUCAGAGGGAAGACUGAAUGGAAUUUAGGAGUGGUCAGAGGGUCUGCUAAGAGGAAGGGGGAGAUUACAGCCUGUCCUGAAAAUGGAUACUGGUGCUUGUGUCUUAAGAAUGAAAAUGAAUUUUCAGCUUGUGACUCCACUCAUGUCCUCCUUUCAAUGAAGCAGGCUCCUCAGAAGGUGGGGGUGUAUGUGGAUUAUAAGGAAGGUGUGGUCUCUUUCUAUGAAGUCCAUGCCAAGUUUCAUAUAUACUCUUUUACUGGUCAGACUUUUAUGGAGAAAAUCUAUCCAUUGUUCAGUCCCUGCAUUAAUCAUAAUGGUAAAAACUCAGCACCAAUGAUCAUCUGCACUAAUAAUUUUAAUUAUAUUAGUUAAUAGGUAAUUCGACAAUAUCUCACUUUUAAAAGAUAACAUUUUUAGAAAAUCUUUAUCUCCCUUUAAAAUUGUUCUUGACAUAAGAAACAUCUAAAUACAUACAAUACAUAAAUACAAAUAAUAUUUCUACUGUAAAUGCUUUUACUGAAUUGGAUUGUUAAAGAUAGACUAGCAGUUUACUCUGGCACUGCGGCGCGGGAUCUUUUAAUGCUUUAUAUGUCAAAAGUAGUAUUUUAAAAUCAAUGCGGAAUAUUACAGGGAGCCAAUGAAGUGAAAAUAAGAUGGGGGUGAUGUGCUCGUAUCUUCUGGUUCUAGUGAGGACUCUCGCUGCUGCAUUCUGGACUAACUGAAGCUUGUUUAUGCACCUAGUUGAACCACCAGACAGUAAGAUAUUACAAUAGUCCAACCUAGAGGUGAUAAAAGCAUGAACUAGUUUUUUGGCAUCAUUAAGUGACAAUAUAUUCCUUAACUUGGCAAUAUUUCUGAGGUGAAAGAAUGCUAUCCUGGUGAUAUUGUCUACAUGAGCUUCAAAUGAAAGACUAGAAUCUAUAAUCACACCAAGGUCUUUCACUGUUGCACUUGAUGGAACAGAAAGGCCAUCUAAAGUUACAAUGUGAUCUAAAAACUUGCUUCUAGCUGCAUGCGGUUUUAUGACUAAAAAUGUCUUAUCAGGAUUAAGCAGAAGGAAGUUAAUUAGCAUCCAAUCUCUUAAAUCCUUUUUGCAUUGCUCAACUUUGGUAGGCUGGUUUUUCGCAUCUGGUUUCGGUGAGAGAUAUCUCUGUGUGUCGUCAGUAUAACAAUAAAUACCAUGCUUACGGAUUAUGUAUUAUGUUGCCCAAAGAAAGCAUGUAAAGGGAAAAAAAGCAGUGGCCCUAAAACUGAACCCUGCGGAACACCAAACUCCACUAGAGAAGUUGGAAAAACAUCACCAUUUAAAUCUACAUACUGAUAGCGAUCGGUCAAAUAGGAUCUGAGCCAAGAGAGUGUUAAUCCCAUAAUUCCAAAACACAACAUAGUGAUGCAUCCCUGGUCAGAGGCCAAUAGGAGGUCAUUUACCACUUUAAUGAGUGCUGUCUUUGUGCUGUGAUGAGGCCUAAAUCCUGACUCAUAGUAGCAUAUAGUUCCUUUAUGUUAUUUCUAUGUAGAUAUAAGCAGAGCUACUUCGCUGCAAUCUUUUCCAGAAUUUUAGAGAUAAAGAGGAGGUUUGAUAUCGGGCUGAAAUUGGAUAGCUGACAGGGGUCAGGGUCAGACUUCUUAAUUAUCGGUUUAAUAACUGCCAAUUUAAAAUAUUUUGGAACAUAUCCAAUGCUGAGUGAAAAAUUAAUUAUUUUUAACAGGGGUCAUGUUAUAGCCGGCACUAUCUGUCUUCUUUUUCCUUGUAUGUGUAUCAGUUGGUUUGCUUAAAAUAAAUAAAACAUAUAAACCAU